CACAAUUCAUCGAUGUUGUUUGAAUAUUUAUUAAUUAUCAAUAAAUGAUAGAUACAUCGAAGAAAAGUUAGGUAUAUAAAACUCAUCAUCAAUUUGAUAACUAAAUUUUUUUUAAAGAAAUUCCCUUUCUCAAAUUACCUUUUAAUUUUAUUCCUUUGUUCUUUUUACUCCCCAAUCUAUUCUCUCUCCAUCUUCUUUUUUCAUAAGUCUAUUUUUGUCUGGCUAUAUAUAUAUAUAUAUAUAUAUAUAUAUAUAUGUCCACCAAUUCACCUCUCCAACAUUACCCAAUUAGAUGGCAAGUUUUGUCAUAUUUCUCUACAUAAGAUUACUAAUAUUUUGUGUAUUGUGGAGAAUAAGUUCAUGUAUUUAGUGGAUGGGAGAUAGGGGGCCAUUAUGUAUAUGUAAUUAAUGACAAGAGAUAUUAUACUCCAUUAUCAAUAGAACAAUUAAUAAGCAAGAUAGUGAUCACAACCAUCAUCAUUUGAUUUGCCAUGUAAAGGGGAAAGGAAUUGGGUCUUUGAUCAAUUGUGCUUAGCCUUUUGAAGGAAUAUUUCUGAGAAAUCCAAUGGCUCCUUCAAGCUAAAUAAAUGAAAGUCAGAUUCUAUGUCCCAAUGUUGAUUUAAUUAUUGAGUCUCUCGCCUAACUUAUAUUGUGCGCAUUUGUAUUAGGAUGAUGAAUUGGUUUUUGAAAUAUUUUACAAAAAUCAAAGGGUUCUUGACAUGUUAUUAGAGACUUUGAUUGAGAUGUCGUAUGUACGGACCCUAUCAACCCCAAUACUAAUUGUUAAUUAUUUUAUCCACAAUAUAUGAAGGAUCUUGAGUAAAUUUCUAAUCUAUUUGAUGGAAGUGUACAAAAUAAGACAUUAUGGAGAAAAAACAAGCAUAUUGUUCCUAUAAACAUUCCUUGGAGUUAUAUAUGCAAAUUCUAGUAGAGUGAGCACCAAGUUUUUUUAGCCCUAGCUAGGCGACCCUAAUAAAAAACCCAAGCAUGAAGAAGAAUAUCCUCUUGUUUUGCAUGAGUUCUAUUCCCAUUAGGACUAAAGUAGUGUUUAGUGUAUAAUAUAAUAUAUGUACAGACCCAUUUGGAAAACAAAUUAUUUCACGUUUUGUUGCGAUGAAAUUCCCCACUAAUUAUCAUAAGAUACAUUUAAUAAGGAAUCUUUUAGAAGAACUAAGCCUCCUAAUAUAACCAAGAAAGUUAUAACUUUGAUCUUUCUCCUAAGAAUGAGAACAAACCUCCUCUUGUUCACACAUAAAUUAGGGAUGGCAAUUAUUCCCGCAUAUGCAACUUACCCGACCCUCCUCAAUUAAUAUAAUAUCAAAAGGACAAAUUGAAAAUGAUGAGUUUAGCUGAUGAAAUUAAAAAAAAAAACCCCUCAUGAUAGGAACAAAAUAAUAUGUUCUAGAUACAUAUUUAAUUUACUAAGCACAAAGUCCAAGUUGUUAAGAUUGAAGAGAAAAUUGGUGUCUAUGUCAUUCCUAUGGAUAAAAUGACUAGAAUACUGAUAGACUUAAUGAAUGAACCAAUUAAUAAAUUGUCCAUAUAAUUGAAUUGAUGGAUUAUAUAUGACCGAUUCAGUACUACAACCUAAAAAACAGUACGAUAAUAUCGAUAGAUCUAUAUGUUGCAAUCCAUCCACCUUUGAUAGAGGGCUAACAACUAGCUAGGGAUUUUGGGGAGAUGGAUCGGAUAAAAUAGUUUUCAUAAGAAUAAAUCCCAAUAAGUAUAUUUUCUUUUUUGCUUCCUUGUAACUUGUAAGAAAGCUUUUCCUUUUCCAUGCCCCCAAAAUUUUCUACAUUAAGGGGACAAUCGCAUAGUAGACAUGUGGAGGAAGCAUUGGAUGAUUCUGUAUCGUUAGUUUUUCUAGGAAUCGAUGAGGGAAACAAAGGAGAAAGAGACGGUAAGAAAAGAGAAUUGCAAAUUCCAUGCAUUGUUGUGAUUUUGUGAUUGUGGCUUGUUGUAUACAAAGACUUUGACGAAUUUGUAUAGAAUUGCCAAAAAGAUGAUGGGGAUUUGGAGCAACUUUACAGUUGGUUCACCUGGAAGAGAGGAUAACUUUUUACUAUUGAUUGGUGGGUUAAUUAAUCACGUAUGGAAUAAUAUUAUGUACCUUUGGUUCUUCCAUCUUUGGGAUAAGAUUUACAAUAGGGCAAGAUUGGAGUAUAUGGUAUAAAAUCUUAGUCUUAUAUUAUUAACUACGUGUCAAAUUCUAGUUAUAUCUGGCAUGAUAUAUUGAGAAUUUAGUAAUGAAUGUGACAAUUUUGGGACCUUAAUUUGUGCUGGAUAUUUUCUUCGCGUUUUGCGACGGGUAAACUACGGCUCAAGUUAGGGUGCAUAACUUUAAUGUGCUUAACAUGAGUAAUCAAAUCUGGACCAUUCCUUUUAAGUGGUUGUAGAUCUAAGAGUUGUGGAUUAAAGGCAUUUUAUUUCCCAUAUUUUUCUUAAUCGGAAGAUUCAUGGGAUUCAGAUUCGGAAGAAGGCUCCCUCGAUAUCCCAUCUUCUGUUUGCGGAUGACAGUAUUAUAUUUGGAAAGGCUACUUUAAAAGACCGUGACCAGCUAAAAGAGAUAUUGAGAAUCUAUUAUGAGGAAUCUUGACAGUUGAUAAACCUUGAUAAAUCUGAAGUUUCCUUCAGCAAGAAUGUUAGAUGCAGCAGGAGAUUGGAGAUUUGUGGGACUCUAGGCAUUAAAGAAGUGGCUAAACAUCCUAAAUACUUGGGACUCCCAACGGUGGUUAGUAGAUCAAAGAAAGCUAUCUUCGCUGACAUCAAGGAGAGAGUGCGGAAAAAGCUUAAGGAUUGGAAAAAUCGAACAAUGUCUCAAGCUGGGAAAGAAAUCUUGAUCAAAGCAGUGGCACAGGCUCAAUUUCUCUAUCCUAUGUCGGUUUUCCUUCUACCUGAUGGUACGAUUCAGGAGAUCCAAAGUUUGAUAUCCAAUUUUUGGUGGGGUUAGAAAGGAAAAGAAACUAAAAUCAAAUGGAUCUCUUGGGAUGAACUUUGUGAUGGAAAGGAGAAGGGAAGUAUGGGAUUUCGUGAUCUGAAGACAUUCAAUUUGGCUAUGAUGGGCUACCGCCCUAGCUAUAUUUGGAAAAGCAUCAUGAAAGCCAAAGAGAUGAUUAUUGAUGGUUUUAGGUGGAAGGUGGGUAAUGGGAACUCGAUUAGAAUCUGGGAAGAUGAGUGGAUUCCUGGAAAAUCCUUUUUCUAUCCGGACCCGUUACCAGCUAAUGAGCUUCCGAAAGAUUUGGUUAGCUCUAUUAUUGACCAGCAUAAGGGGAUUUGGGAUAGUAAAAAAAUCAGGAGUUUAUUCUCUGUUCAAGAUCAGUCAUUGAUCACUAAGAUCCCCCUUAGUUCCCCUCCAAAAGAGGACUCUUGGGUUUGGAAAGAUUCUGAUUUUGGUUCCUACACUGUUAGGUCGGCCUAUUUCUGGAUUCGCAACAAGCAGCAAAGCAAGAUUGCUCGUUUUCAUAGCAUUGACGAGGAUGACUCUGAGUUCUGGAAAAACCUAUGGAAUCUAGAUACUCAACCUAAAGUGAAAAAUCUUCCUAUGGAGAAUUUGUAAGAAUAUCUUACCGGUUGGGGCAAAUGUAGCAGACUGGAUUGAAGGUGCUGGAGACGAGUGCCCCUUCUGCAACCUCAAAGAGUCUCAGAUGCAUGCGCUUUGGGAGUGUGCUUGGAUUCGGCGACAAUGGCAGGGUUGCGAGAUGAAAAAAGCUUAUGAGUUAGGGGAAAACAGAACUUGUGUUGAAUGAAUGAAAGAGAUUUGGAAGGUUUGCAGUAUUGACCAAAUUCACAAAUUUACCUCAAUUCUCUAGUUCUUAUGGAAAGAGAGGUGUAAUCAUAAGUACAACAAUCACAAGUUUGUGGAAGAGGAAAUUAUUCCCCGGGCGUUGUCCUGGAUUGAAUCCUAUCUCGCGGCUCAAGAUCCUUCGCACAGAUCUACAACUUCUGGUGCGCGGCAAAGUGGUCCCCAGGUAAUCCAACAAUGGAGUCCGCCCCCAAAUGGCGUCUUUAAGCUCAAUUCAGAUGCGGGAGUCUUUCAAAAUGGUGGGAUGGGUUUCAGAUGUGUAUUCAGAGACUAGAGAGGUGCUUUUGUUGGGGCUACCCUGAAGAAAGAAAAGGGUUCUUGCCGACCGAUUGAGGCCGAGGCUAGGGCGUUGGUGAUGGGGUUGGUUGAAGCAAAUCGAAGAAGUCUGAGCCCCUUAAUUGUUGAAUGGGAUUGUCAAGCGCUAAUCUUCAAGCUGAAGAAGAAUGAAGUGGAUUUUACGGAGCUGGGUAAUUGGUGUGAUGAAUUCUGAGCUUGGCGAAGGUGAACGAAGCCAUUUCUGGAUCUCAGGUGGUUUGGACGUUUGUUGGAAGGAAGAAGAACAUGGUUGCUCACUGGCUGGCUCAUUCGGGGUCGUUUUGGGAUCGUCAGGUGGUGUGGACCGAGAAUCCUCCACUUUCUUUAUUAGCUUUACUAGAAGAAGAAUUGGGUCGAGGCCCAUGUAUUAACUCUUGAACUCUUUGAAUCGGAUACAGGUUCCCAUAAAAAAAAGAUAUUUGCUUCGCGUUUUGCGACGGGUGAACUACGACUCAAGUUAGGGUGCAUAACCUUAAUGUGCUUAACAUGAGUAAUCAAAUAUGGACCCUUCCUUUUAAGUGGCUAUAGAUCUAAGGGUUGUGGAUUAAAGACAUUUUAUUUCCCAUAUUUUUCUUAAUCGGAUCAUAUCUUCUUCAUUCUAACUCGGAUUUUUCCCCCACAAAUGGAACGAGUUAUUUGUGCUCUACAAAAUGAGAUGCAUUUUCAAUAUUUUUUGAGAAAAAAAUUGCAUACCUCUCGUUACCAACUCCAAACAUAUGGUAUCUCCUUCAAUUUAAAGUUGUUUUUCAGAUUUUUUUUGCACAGAAGGAAUGAUUUAAUCAUUGAUCUAUCGGAUCCAAAAAUUUUAGUGUGAAAAUUUUUCAUACCUCGUUACCAACUUCAUACUAUACUAUACCACCUUGGUAUGCUCUUAUUUAAUACCAAUCAAGACCAUAUGGUAUA